AUGAAGACCUCUUGCUUUGUAUUUCUGGUCAUCUGCUCCAUCUCACUGUUGAUGUGCAGCCGUGUGUCUGCUCAGCUGGGGCCUACGAUCAUCUUCCCUGAACACAACGCGACCAUCAAUGCCACCCAGACCUUGAAGAUCCGUUACGAAUACCAAAACAUGGGAACUGGAAACUACUCGGUCGACAUUGCUCUCUGGCUCGAUUCAUCGGCCACCCAGCUGAUCCAGAAUAUCACAACAAACGAAAAGAUCGUCUCGGGCAAUUCGACCGGUGUUCGCCUCAAUUUCACGCUCGAUGGCACAUACGAUUGGGUUGUGCCCCGUGGUCUUAACGAGACCAUCUAUCUCACUGUCACCGAGCACGCAGACACAAAGCUCCUCUUGCCAUUCACUAUCCAGUCCAGUCCGGUCCUCUUACAUUUCAGUGCCGGGAUCUCGGCUUUUACAGCACAUUCAUUUACCCUCACACUUGUCUGUCUCUCCAUAUUCUUGUUCUUUUCUCUCUAG